AAGGGGGUGCAGAAUAUGGGACAAGCUCUGCCGCCGAACCAUGUCCUCUUCCAGAUCGCCAACAUCUUGCUCCUCGCCUCGUAUGCCUCGCCCAACAUCUUCGUCUUGCGCUGCAUUCUCGCUGCCUCAUCGGUCUUCUGGGUCCUCUGGGCAUGGCUCAUCCUCGAUGUGGCCGUUGACACGGUGAUAUACAACAUGAUGUAUUUGGUCCUCAAUCUGGGUCAUCUCGCUUAUCUGCUCUACCUCCGCCGGCCCAUCUCGUUUGACUCGGACCAUCUCGAGGCCGUGUACACCAAUGUGUUUGGCCCCGGCGGCGCCGGCAUCUCGCGCGUCGACUUUCUCACCCUUGUCAAGGACAAGGCCUUUGUGCGGACGCUGACGCCCGGCUCGGCCUUUGCCCUUGCCGGCAACACCCCCUCCGAUCUCACUAUCCUCAUCGACGGUGAGAUGCAGGUGUUCAAAACCCUGUCCUCGGGCGAGCGCAAGCUGAUCAACCGGACGCGCCCGUUCGAGUUCCUCGACUCGCCCGAGUGGAUGCAGCGCGAGAACCACCCGGCCUUUCUCGUCGACAUCAUCGCCGCCACCGACUGCACAUUCAUCAUCUGGCCUCGCGAGCUGCUCAUCCCCUUCCUCGAUCGCCAGCCGGCCCUCGCCUCGGUCAUCAACUCGGUCGUCGGCCUCGACAUUGCCACCAAGCUAAUCCGCACCCAACACUCGGACGGGGUCCUCCACAACGUCUCUGACCACACUGCCAUCGAGCGCACCCGCUGCUCCUCGGCCUCGCUCGACGUUGACAGCCCACACCUGCGCCCGGCUGAGCUGAGGCCUUCACGCUUCCGCGCCCCGCGCUCCCGCCCGCACUCUGCACGCGUCCGCUCACGCUCACGCUCACGCUCGCGCGCCCGCGCUCUCUCACGCUCCCGCCCGCGUUCAUCUGAUCUCGACGAGUCCGCCUACGCCUACGAGUAUGUGUCCGACGGCAGCGGCGACGGCGUCCCGAUGGCCGCACCCGCCGCGCCGCGCCAGCUCGGGCGACGGCCGACCGCCGCUGACGCCUCGCCGGCCGUCGCCUAUGCCUCGGUCGCUCACUCGCCACGCUCGCCGGCCGCCGGCUCCACGCCGUGGUCACCGGCACUGGCCGAGCCGCAGCAGCCGGCAAUGCGAGUCUAA